AUGGCCUCCGUUCCAAUUCUCACCGCCGCCGAGAAAGAGCACUUUGUGUCUCAAGGCUGGCUGAAGAUCCCCAAGGCUUUCACUCGGCAGCAAGCUACAGAAGUGACUAAGGAUGUGUGGAUACGCCUUGGAAUGUCAUCCACAGACAAGGGCACCUGGAACAAAGAGCGUACCCACAUGCCGUCUCUCGCAACUUUCGACUGUUCCGAGUUCGCCCCUCGAGCGUGGGCAGCCAUCUGCGAGGUAUCUGGAGGCGAAGAGCGUGUCACCUCGGGAUCCCGUCAAUGGCGCGAUUCGAUGAUUGUCAAUCUGGGUACUGUCAGCGGCGAGAACAAGCCGGUUCGUCCCCAGGACUUGAACGGCUGGCACAUUGACGGCGACUUCUUCGUGCACUUCCUCGACAGUCCAGAGCAGGGACUUUUGGUUAUUCCGCUCUUUACAGACAUUGUGCCAGGUGGCGGUGGCACCGUCUUAUGCCCCGAAGCGCUUCCGCAUAUCGCGCAGUGGCUGCAUGACCACCCAGAUGGUGUGUCUCCGCAGAUGGCUGCGCGUGAUGGCCCCAAUUUCAGCGCCAAAGGAAAUCGGUUAUCGCUUAAAGAGCUUGCCGUCCGCUCCAACAACUUUGUCGAAGCGACGGGCGAGUGCGGCGAUGUUUACCUGCUGCAUCCCAUGAUGCUACAUUCGGCGUCUACUAACCCGCUGAGAAACGUCCGCAUCAUUACGAACCCGCCCGUCAGCCUGAGACAGCCGUUUUGUUUCGAUCGCAGCGAGAGCACAGGCAGCGGCUACAGCCUUGUCGAGCUGGCCACAAUGAGGGCGCUUGGUAAGAAGUCGCUUCCUGGAUGGAAAAUAACGGUACCGCGGGAGCGUAUCGUCCCAGAGCGGGUCAAGGUGCAGGAGCGGAUGAAGCAAGAGGAGCUGCGACGGCUCGGAGGGUCUAGGCCAGUGACUUGA